AUGGCCGCAGCUUGCGCCAUGCUAGACGACAUCCACGAAGACCUGCCCAGGCAUACGAACGACACCAACACCUACACGCUCGGCAGCCGCGGCGAACGUGCUGACACACCUCAUCCGAACCUUCUCAUCGAUCCGCCUUGGUUGAUGGUGGGAAUCGGAGGCGGAGUGCCGAAAAGGGUCGACAUGCGUGUGGGCGACGUCGUUGUCGGGACGAGGGUGAUGCAGUACGAUCUAGGGAAGAUCAUCGGAGACAGACAGAUCCAGCGCACCGCGGUUCCGAAGAGCCCGCAUCACCUGCUUGGCACGGCCGUGGCGUCUCUACAAGCAAGACAUGAACGAGACGGCAGCCGAAUCUCACAUAUUAGAGGAAAGUUCGAUAGACACUCCCAGUAUGGCCGCCCGACCAUGACGGACUGCCUUUUCUUCUCGGAGUACGAUCAUACAUCCCCAGCACCUAGCUGCGAUGAAUACGACCGUUCGAAGCUGGUAUCGCGAAGAAGGCGGAACACAGAUAACCCUGUGAUACAUUACGGCACUAUUGCCUCGGGCAACCAAGUCAUGAGGAACGGCACCCAGAGAGACAACAUCGCUCAGCAACUGGACGCCAUCUGUUUCGAGAUGGAGGCUGCUGGUCUGAUGGACAUUCUACCUUGCCUGCCGAUCCGGGGAAUUUGCGACUACUCCGAUUCUCACAAGGACAAGGAAUGGCAGAGAUAUGCCGCCGCCACUGCGGCGGCAUAUGCAAGAGAGUUGCUAGGGGUGCCCCCCGUCGCCGAGGUGCAAACAAAAGUUGUCUCAGCGCCCGACCCUUGUAAGUCGAGUGUGUCCUAA